UAGCGUCAUCACCAUGCGCCGCCUGUGUUGUCUAUGAGCUGUACGCUCGGUUUUAGCUUGUUUACGGGUAACUUAGCAGAAUGAUAUGGUACAUACUCGUCCACAAUACAAUACAUAAGUCGCAUAUUAUGAAAUAAAACCGCUAGUAAUAUGUUGGCUGGCAUUUACAGAUGUAACUAACAAAAUCACCGCUAAAGUACGUUAGCUGUUGUCGCGUUCAUUAGCCGGAAGAUUAUUUAGCCGAUCAGCUUAACUGCUGUUCAGAAAUCAUGCCGCAGAUUUCAGUCAACUAUAUUUUAUUAUUCGGACAGUUCUUGCUGCUCUUCACAGUGCUGCUUUUACAGAGUCUAGAAGGGAUUCACUCGCAAAACUCAACAGAGCCACCCGGAAACAGAGUAACGACCAGCAAAACAGUUCUGAUCAGCGAACAGCCAGAAGAAAAUGUGACGGAGAGUGUUACAACGUUACCUACAGAAACAUCAAAUCACACGGAGCAGUAUGAGUACAGCCCCCCAUCCCCUGUCGUCCUCUGUCGAUACCUACCAGAGGAAUUCAUAUUCUGUCAAGAUCCAGUCGAUCACGGAGGAAAUGUCUCUGCCUUUCAGGAACUGGGCUAUGGAUGUGUAAAGUUUGGCGGUCAAGUGUACAAAGAUGUGAACCAUACCAAGGUGUUAUGCACAGCACUGGAUGGAAUAGAGUGUGCUGGACCACGGGAGUUUUUCAGAGGCAAUGAGCCAUGCAUUAAAUACACAGGGCACUACUUCAUCACCACCCUACUGUACUCAUUUUUCCUGGGGUGUUUUGGUGUCGAUCGGUUCUGUCUCGGGCACACUGGGACUGCGGUGGGAAAGCUGCUUACCCUGGGAGGUCUUGGCAUCUGGUGGUUUGUGGACCUCAUUCUCCUGAUAACAGGAGGCCUGACCCCCAGCGACAGCAGCAACUGGUGCACUUUCUACUGAUUUAAGAGUUGGAUCUGAUUUACCUUUCUCAUGCUCACAAGUUAUAUUUAAUGCACUGUAUGCAUGUGGGCUUGCAUGGGCCUUAUCUGCCGUUUAUUAUUUGUAAAAUACUGUUCUUCUUGUUUCUUUUGUAAAGGGUUUAUGCGAAGCAGUGUUGUAAAUAAAUGUCAUCUUCAAAGAGUAAAACUCUUAAUUGAUACAGCAAUA